AUGCUGUUAUAAGAUCAUUAAAAUUAUAGGACUCUUUUAAUCAAUCAUCUCUAUAAGGACAUUUUAUCUCGAAAUUAACAAAUGUAGCUUCAUAUUAUGUAAAAAAAUCAAAACAAGCUGAGUGUCUAUUACAUGGAAAUGCUUUUGCGUCAAUUACAUCACAUAAACAAAUUGGACAAGUUUAAGGAUUUUAUAAAGGCAAUGGUGUCAAUCUUUUACGUAAUUUUAUUUAAAGACGUCUCAUUUUAAUUAUAAGAAAUUUAGGUACUUUACAACAAAGCCAACAAAUAAAUAAAUAUAACAAUUACAAGAAAAUUGUUAAUAUUUUAAACAUCUGAAUUAUGAAUGAAACUAUUAUACAAAUAAAGCAAAUGCAAAUAAGCACAAAAGGUAAACUAGCUCUUAUUCUGUAAUUAUCAUUACAUUAAUAUGACUUUAUAGCGUGACAUUCAUUCAAACAAUUUUCAUAUAAACAUGAAGAACAUGAAUUCUCAAUAGGCAAG